ACUUGAUUCAACUUGUAUUCAUGUAUUUGGUGCCUCUACAUGUUCUUGAACUUGGUUCUGCUGCUCUAACUGUGUACGUCUCAUCAAAGCUGAAAUCAGAAGAGGAAAGACUGAGUCUCAAGCAAAUGUUUCUAGAAUCCUUUGAUGCAUCAAAAAUGAAAGGCACAUUUAUAACUUCUUUGUAUUUGCUUUCCAUGUCUAGUGGAAUUCUUCUUGCAGCGGCAUGGACACACUUACAAAGCUUUUGAUGGUGUAUCUGGAAUGGAGUGCUAUUUGGAAUAUGAGUAUUGUGAUAUCGGUAAUGGAUGGUAUCCAUGGAGCAGGGGCGUUACGCGUUUCGUUCUUCCUAAGCAGUGGUAAUCAAAAGAGAGGACUCUAUUUGAUGCUUGUUUUCUUUGCUUUAGGGGUUUGUUUUAGGGUGCCAUGUAUUUUCCUUGGUUGCUAUAAAGGAGGGAGUGGGAUAUUUGUGCAAGUUGGGUUGUUCUUUUUGGUAAAUACUCUCAAAUGGGUGUCUUGUAUGAUUUACUUCUCUGAUUGCAAGGAGAGGAAGUUAGAGAAGAAGAUUAUUGAUGAUGUAGAAGUGGGUAAAGAUCUUCAAAGUGGUUCAUAAAGAAUGGAAUUAAUAGUGAUACAUAAAUGUUUUGAUUUUUGAACUUUUAAUGUGUAAAGAAUUGAGAUCAUGUACAAUACAUGUCAUCUUCAUACUUCCAAUAAAGGAUUAUGUUUUAUGAAUAAUGAUAUUUUCAAUUUUGUGACCAAUGAGUAAAGCAUGUACUAACUUUAAUUUAGCAAAACUAUUGGAGUUACUUUAAGUUAUUAAGUGCCCCUAAAA